UUCUAAGUCUGAGUGUCGCCUGAUCUUCUUCGUACCUGCAUCUCACCUUCAGAGCGUCGAGCGUUCUGAUCGAUCGCCUCGAAAGCAUGACGGCUGGGAUGCCUCGUGACGCGCUAGCUGAUUGGGGCUGAGGGGGCCCCGCACCUUGCUUUGAAGGCGAAUCCAGUGGAUUGGAAAGCUACAUGUACCGUACAGAAGAGGAUACAUUCUUCUUUUCUGGCUCCUUCAUCUCGUCUUCUCGUCACCACUGCCGCCUGCCUGCCUGCCUGCCUGCCCGUCAUGGCCGCCACUAAAUCGCACGCGUCGCCUCUCUUCGACCCUUACUCAGACCCGGCGCAUCCUACAAACGCCUGGCCAGCAUGGAGGCGUCACGCUAUGCUCGCCACUUUGGCUUUUCAAGCCUUCAGCGCAAACUAUGCAGCCGGCGCCCACUUGACCAUCUUCCCGCAGAUGUCCGAGUACUUUGGAGUCUCAAUCGAGGCCAUCGCUAACUCCAUCGGCAUCAGCAUUCUCGGUCUCGGCGUUGGGUCCCUUCUAUGGUGUCCGCUAGCCCAAGCCAUCGGGCACCGGCCGGUCUACCUCAUUGCCUGGACUUUCUUCGUACCAUGUGCAUUUUGGAUGGCGUUCGCCAAGGAUUACUCCACCUUCGCUGCCGGUCGCUUCUUUGCCGGCUUCGCAGGCAGCAUUUCUCAAGUGCUACCCGCUACGAGCAUCGCUGCGCUGUACAAGCCAGAGUGGCGAGGCACCGCCGUCUCCGUGUGGGCCCUUCUUCUCAUCAUGGGCCCACCCGCCGCUCCGCUCAUCACCAGCGCCGUCACCCUCGCCCACGAAUGGCAGUACUGCUACUACGUAGUCAUCAUCUUCGUAGGCGUCGAAUGGUUCCUCGUCUUUGCCUUCUGUGGAGAGACCCUCUACACUCCUCCGCAACACGCCACGCCCAUCAGUAUCGCUGCCACUUCGACCGCGGAGGAAGCAUCCGACGAGGACCACAAGGGCGACAAGGAGAAGGAGGACGCCGUGCACACCAGCACAAGGGACGAUCUUGAGGGUGCAAGGGGAGGGCAGCAGCAGGGUCAUGUAGGCUACCUUUACAAUCCACUGCGCGACCCGAUGCGAUUUCUGAAGGCGGCUGCUCAACCCCUAGCCAUGGCCUGCUACGUGUCGGUGCUCUUGCCUUGCUUGUGGGCUGCCGUUGCCUUCGGCUGGAGUGUCGGCACCACCAUCAUCCUUCCUCAAGUGCUGCACGCCCCCGCAUACGACUUUGGACCCAUCCUCAUCGGCUGCGCUUUCCUGGCCAUCCUCGUCGGGUCGGUCAUCGGCAAGAUCUGCGGGGGUAUCAUCUCUGACCGGACUGUCACUUUCCUCGCAACGAGGAAUGGGGCAGACGGCGUCAGGCGGCCAGAAUACCGGCUGUGGGCUUUGCUGUUGCCGACGCUGAUUCUCCUCCCGGCGAUGAUCCUGUUUGGUUACGGGUGGGCUGAUAGGAUGGCGUGGUGGGUCUCCAUCGUCUUCGGCGCCGGUCUCUACUACAUUGGCAACGUCGCCGUAUCCUCCAUUGUGCAGACGUACAUCGCCGAGAACGACAUUUCUCGCUCCAUGAGCUCAGUGUCUGUCUUCAACUUCACCAAAUGCGUCUUCAGCUUCGGCGUACCGUUCUACCUACCAUCAUGGACGGAGGAAGGCACGUUCAAGUCUUCCUACCUCGCGCAGGGUCUCAUCGUCUCGCUGCUUGGACUCGCCAUGCUCGGGGGCCUGAUUGCCUUUGGCGGACGUCUACGUCGAUGGCAAGGGUUGCCGACGGCCUAA